AUGUCCACAACCAUGACAAAUAAAAAUGAAUCAUUAACAGCUGAACAGUUAGAACGCAUCGAACGAAAUAAAGCGCGUGCUUUGUUACGACGUGAAUGUGCUCAGAAAACAUCAACAGUUCGUAAACAUCAAAUUGAUUCCGGUGCCGGUUUUUUUAUAGACGAUACCGAUGAUUUUUUAAAUCAAGAUAAAACAGCGGCAUAUAAAUAUGAUUUGGUCGAUAUAAUACAGCCAAAAAUAAUGUCACUCAAUGAUGUUAUCGAUCCUAAAUUACAUCAACCUGGUUUGCCUUGUAAUGAUUGUCAACGUAUAUUUUUAUCGUCCUAUUUAUAUAAAAAUUUUGAUGAACAAGUUUGUGAUGAAUGUCGUGAUAAAUAUUCAAUAGAAGACACGGGCAGUGAUGAUGAUGACGAUGAAGAUAAUAUUGACAGUAGUAGUAAACGUUAUUCUUUGAUACCACGUACCGAGGCGAAAGAAAAAUUUAUGUUGAAAGAUUAUGAUUUAGAUAAACAUGAACCAGUAUUAAAAUGUAUAAUAAAAAAAAAUCCACAUAAUCGUGGACGGGGUCAGAUGCGUCUCUAUUUACGUUGUCAAAUUGAAAAAUUGGCAAAUAUUGUACAUGAAAGUCAAUUAGAUGAUAAAAUUCAACAACGAAAAGAAAAACGUAUUGAAAGAAAACAAAAAAUAAUUGAAAAACAUGUUGAAAAUUUAAAAUCAGAAGUAAGAUCAAGUACAAAUAAAAAACGACAGAAAACAAUACAUGAACAUCGAUAUGACGAGAAUAAUAUUAUCUAUGACGAUUUGACAGAUACAUAUACAAAAACGUGCCUCGAUUGUGGUCAUCAAUAUUCGUAUGAAGAAUUGUAA